AUGGAUAUUGAGAAUGAAAAUGAAAAUGAUAGCCAAAGUGAAGUCAUAGGUGAACUCCCUGAGGGAAAAAAAAUAGACGAAAACAAGAGUAAUUCAAAGAAAAAGAGAUUUGAAAUCAAAAGAUGGACCGCAGUUGCAUUCUGGUCGUGGGACCAGACCAAUGAAACAUGUGCUAUUUGCCGAAACCACUUGAUGGAACCAUGCAUUGAGUGUCAAGGUAAAAAUGAGGAUCAUGGAGUAGGGACUCACAUCGAAUGCCCAAGAGCUAUUGGUCGCUGUAAUCACAGCUUUCACUUGCACUGCAUCUCAACAUGGAUUCAAACGAGAAACUCCUGUCCAUUAGACAGUGCCGAAUGGUCUUUGAAAGAGGUGGUAAAUAACUGA